UUUUUCAAACCAAAGUUUUGAAAUUUAUCGGAAAUUUAAACACCAGCGAUAAUAACUUCCGAAUAAAAUUAAAAUAACGCAAAAAAAAGUUUUAAGGUCACAAUUUUUAAAAAAUAUAAUAUACAAAAUAUUUAUUUCUCAUGUGUGAAUUCAUCAACCUCAUACCACUGUGCCAGCUAAUCAUUUACUAAAUUUCAAUUUUAAAUGCUUUAUGUUUCGCAAUUAAACAUUCGCUAGAAGUUAAGAGAAUAAGUAUUACGUUCAAUGAACCGUAACACGAUAGAGCGCUAGUAAGCGAACUCUCCCUGAUGAGCAUGACAAUACAAGUACAUAUAUACCCACAUAUUUACAUAGGUAACUGCCUAUAAUAAAAUUGUACAUAUGCAUUUUAAAGCGCUUUCGUUUUCUUCUCUGAUAUUCUAAUGAACUUUUUAACAUUAGAAUCUUUAUAUGGAAUCAACGGUCGGUUAGAUGGCACAGAACUUCGCGGAACAGUGGCGAAUCCAUACACGGUUUACAGAAAACUUCAAGGCGCGCAUGCGCUGAUAAUACGAAUGAUCAAAAUUGGUGUGUGACAAAUACAGUGAAGUGUGACCCAUAUAAAUUGCGCUUAAUGAUUUUAAUAAAUUUCACAAACAAUAGAUAAAUAAAAGGAGGCUGAGAUGUGGACGAGAUUAGUUUUAAUUAUUUUUUUACUCACAAAUGCCAGUCGCGUCUCGCAUGCGCAACGUGGUAAUAUCAUAACAACUUUAUUCGAAUUUUUGCGACGUGGCCAAAAUGAUCUAAAUAUCGAACAUGUGGACGAUAAUGUACAACUCUUAAAUGAGUAUGAUUUUAUUGUCGUCGGUGCGGGCACGGCGGGUUGCACGCUAGCGGCGCGUUUGUCCGAAAAUCACGCUUGGAAGGUGCUGCUGAUCGAGGCCGGUGGCCCCGAAAAUAUGGCUAUGGAUAUACCAAUCAUGGCACACUUCCUACAACUCACAGAAAUAAAUUGGAACUACCGCACGCAGCCGUCGAACAAGUAUUGCCUCGCCAUGAACAAUCGCCGUUGUAAUUGGCCGCGCGGCAAAGUCAUGGGCGGCUCAUCGGUGCUCAACUAUAUGAUGUACACACGUGGCAAUCGGCGCGACUAUGACCGUUGGGCAGCGUUGGGAAAUGAGGGUUGGAGCUACGGCGAAGUGUUGCCUUACUUUCGAAAAUUCGAAGGCUCCGAAGUUCCCAACGCUGAACGUGAUUAUGUGGGGCGUCAAGGGCCAGUGAAAAUCGGGUAUCCGGCCUGGCGUUCGCAGAUCUCAGCGGCUUUUGUGCAAGCCGCACAGGAGGAUGGCUUGAAGUACCGUGACUACAAUGGGCGCAUACAAACCGGCGUAUCUUAUCUACAGGCCACAAUACACAAUGGUAUGCGCUGGAGUUCCAAUCGCGCCUACCUCUAUCCGCAUAAAGGCCAACGUGCCAAUUUGCAUGUGAAAAAAAAUACAUUAGUUACUAAAGUGUUGAUAGAGCCGCGUACAAAUACUGCUUACGGUGUGAUAUUAAGCACUGGCGGUCAAUCUUACCAGGUGCGCGCAAGAAGAGAGGUGAUACUAAGCGCAGGCGCCAUCAACACACCACAGCUGCUAAUGCUCUCCGGUAUCGGACCUGCGCAGCAUUUGCGCGAUGUGGGCAUUAAGCCAAUUGUAGAUUUGGCUGUCGGCUACAAUCUACAGGAUCACAUUGCGCCAGCAGUUUCGUUCACCGCCAAUGUUAGCUCCAUCAGAACUACAGAUUACUUCGAAACUAGCAAUAUAAUGAAAUACAUAGAUGGCAAGGGAGUAUUCGGCUUACCGGGCGCUGUAGAAACAAUCGCGUUUUGGGAUAUGGGACAACCGGGGCUAGAGGAUGGUUGGCCUGAUUUGGAAAUGUUUCAAAUAGCCGGGUCCUUUGAUGAGAACCCGGCGACUCUGCGCGCUUUUGGCAUACAGCCGGACACCUAUAACACCAUGUUCGGUAAUGUCAAGAGCGACGGUUUCAUGAUAUUUCCCAUGAUCCUGCGUCCCAAGAGUCGUGGUCGCAUUAUGCUUAAGAGUAAUGAUCCUUUCAAAUACCCGCUUUUGUAUGCAAACUACUUUGCCCAUCCCGACGAUUUAGAUAUAGCAGUGCGCGGUGUGCUAAAGACAAUUAGUUUGAUAGAAAAGCCCGCAUUUAAGGCAAUUAAUGCGCGUAUGUUAGAACGUGUUAUGCCCGGUUGUGCUAAAGUGCCAUAUAAAUCGCGCGCCUACUGGGAGUGCUACGUGCGACAUUUCACUUUCACCAUCUACCACUACUCCGGCACAACAAAAAUGGGACCGGCUACAGAUCCAACGGCUGUGGUUGAUCCAAGAUUACGCGUAUAUGGCGUCAACCAAUUGCGAGUGGUAGAUGCCAGUAUAAUGCCGCAAAUUAUAGCGGGACAUCCUAAUGGACCUGUGUUUAUGAUAGCAGAGAAAGCAGCCGAUAUGAUUAAGCAGGACUAUAACUAUAUUUGAUGACAUAGAAAGUUGUUAAGACUAUUAAAAAACAACGUCUGUCAUAGUUAACGAGUUAUUAGCAAAAUUUUCUCAGGUAUUUAAGAGAUGCUGUACUUAGGAAAAUAAAUUUACUUUAAGUUAUAAGACGUGUUAUCGCAACUACUAAAAAAAUAUCGCGUUAAUUAUUUAAGCCAUCUCUCUAUUGUGUUUGAGUAAUUCAGCAUUGUCACUCGAGUAUUCUUUCAGUCGUCGAGGUCAAAAAAGCGCAACGCAAGUUCAGUAAGCAAUUAAAAUAGUCGACUGCCGCGCCACGUCACAGCGCACGGUGUGUUGCGCAUUGCGCUUAACGUGUUCACCGUCAGGUAGCAACGGCACAAUGGCAUGAAAGCGAAAACGCAAAAGAACAAAGUUUGCCAUGCUUUACACGCAACAGCGCUUAGAAAAUCAUCGACUGUUGACACUUCACUUUCCAUAGACCAAAAAUAACACACACCAGCGCACAAUUACAAAGCACGCGAACGUGUGCACAAUGCCAGCGGCAACGGCGCGACGAGCAUAGGGAGCGACAAGCGCAUGAGUUUGCAAGUUCAACAACGUUAUCGCUGCUGGCGCAACUUAAUUUGCUACAAAAACCUUUGCGUCAUUACCAACGACGAAGCCAGUGCUAACGUUUUAGCCGUCGACGCUCAGCUUGAAGCUGUUGGACAACCUGUUCGAUGUUGGCGCUUAUUCGCAUUGAACUAUUUAGUUUCGCUUUUUGUGCUUAUCAAGCAAAUCGAUGAAGAAGCUGACUGCCGAAGAGUAGGCCUAGCCAUCGUCUAUUCACUACGAUUAUUAAAACCACAUACAACUGCCGAGCAGCAAGCAUUCCAAGUUACGUUUCCUCGGCGUUAAGACGCGUGUUUCCGAGAACACGCUAAACUGCAAACGGGGCAGACAACGGGCUCGCGGUUCUAACAACACCAAAUAUUAUAUAAGCAGAGUGGCUAGAACGCGGUAGCAGCGUUAAGAAGCUGUUUAAAAGGCAUACGAAUUCAGUUAUAUUUGCCAAGAAAAAUAGAAACCAGUGCAAAGUGCAAAUAAAAACAUUGAAAAUAUCAAAAAAAAUAUUGGAAUUAAAUCUUAUAUAACUGUAGAACUUUGAAACUUGUGUAUGCGCACAGUCGGCAAAGUGUACCGAAUUUCCUGAGGGCGCAUAAAAAUAUGUGCGGUUUUUAAACUUGUCUAUAAAAACUUUGAUAAAGUAAAAUUGUGUACGUAAAAAUGUUUUUCUUACUACAACCACGUCUGCUACUAUCAGCGCUAGUGUGUCUGCUGUGCGCCUUUACUUGGGCGCAGGAGCGCAAUGUAAUACUAGAGAGCUUUGACUUUCUGCGUCGCGGCCAGAUAGACGCAAAUUUAGAAAAUUACGACAAUAACCUGCAAAUGGAGAAGGAAUAUGAUUUUAUUGUUGUGGGCGCGGGUACGGCGGGAUGUGCAAUAGCGGCGCGCUUGUCAGAGAAUCCAAAAUGGAAGGUGCUGCUGCUCGAGGCCGGCGGCCCAGAGAGUCUUAUAAUGGAUGUGCCCAUAGUAGCGCAUUUUCUGCAACUGGGCGAAAUGAAUUGGAAGUAUCGCACGCAGCCUUCGGAACGCGCUUGCUUGGCUAUGAAUAACAAUCGUUGCAAUUGGCCGCGCGGCAAGGUUAUGGGCGGCUCGUCUGUGCUUAACUAUAUGAUGUAUACGCGCGGUAAUCGACGCGACUACGAUCGCUGGGCAGAGUUGGGUAAUGUUGGUUGGGGUUGGCGUGAUGUGUUACCAUAUUUCAAGAAAUAUGAAGGUUCUAAUGUGCCAGAUGCUGAUGAAGAUUUAGUGGGACGCAGUGGUCCUGUGAAAGUCUCAUAUGUGAAUUGGCGUUCAAAGAUUGCCGAUGCCUUUUUGGAGGCGGUGCAGCAAGAUGGUUUGCAACAUCGCGAUUACAAUGGACACAUUCAAAAUGGUGUGAAUUACUUACAAACGACCACGCGCAACUCAACGCGUUGGAGUUCGAAUCGCGCCUAUUUGUAUCCGCUCAAGGGUAAACGCCGUAAUUUGCACGUAAAGAAAUAUGCUUUAGUCACAAAAGUGCUCAUCGAUCCAACUACGAAAACCGCUUACGGCAUAAUGGUGCGCACCGACGGUCGCGAACACAAAAUACUCGCGCGCCGUGAGGUGAUCGUCAGCGCUGGCGCCAUUAACACACCACAACUGCUCAUGCUCUCCGGUGUUGGACCUGCACAGCAUUUGCGUGAAAUGGGCAUUAAACCGAUUGCAGACUUGGCAGUUGGCUUUAAUCUGCAAGAUCACACAGCGCCUGCGGUCACGUUCACUACCAAUGCAACAUCGUUGCAUUUCGAAGAUUUCGCUGAUCCGACGCUGGUGAAUCGCUUUAAUCGACAAGAGGGUCCCUACGGUUCACCCGGCGGCUGUGAGGCUAUGGCUUUCUGGGACUUGGAUCACCCGCAACUGAAGGAUGGUUGGCCAGAUAUUGAACUGUUUUUGGUAGGCGGCUCAAUGUCCUCCAACCCGGCGAUAUCGCGUGCCUUUGGUCUCAAAAAAAUCAUCUACGAUUCCAUGUUUGCGGAAAUCGAAGACAAAGAACUCAAUGCAUUCAUGAUAUUUCCCAUGAUAUUGCGUCCCAAGAGUCGUGGACGCAUCAUGCUCAAGAGCACCGAUCCGCAGAAAUAUCCACUCAUCUACUCAAACUACUAUGCACAUCCCUAUGAUGUCGACAUUUCCGUGCGUGGCGUGCAGAAGGCGAUCAGUCUGAUCAACUAUCCGGGCUUCAAGAAGAUCAACGCCAAAGUGUGGAACCGCAGAAUACCCACGUGUAAGGGUAUUGAAUUCGGUACACGGGAUUACUGGGAAUGUCACGUGCGUCAUUUCACUUUCACCAUCUACCACUACUCAGGCACGGCGAAAAUGGGCCCGUCAACCGAUCCGGCGGCUGUGGUGGAUCCGCGUCUGCGUGUCUAUGGCAUUAAGAAUAUGCGUGUGGCCGACGCGAGCAUCAUGCCAGAGAUCAUGUCCGGACAUCCGAACGGACCGGUUUUCAUGAUAGCAGAAAAGGCGGCGGAUAUGAUCAAAGAGGAUCACGGCUUCCAACAGUGACGAGGUGCGGUUGUUGAAGUACUUUUAAGAGAAAAAUAAACUGUAUUUAUAUUCCAAGCUUUCCAAAGGGGACAACAAUAGUUUGUAAGACAGGGUGGGCACUUGCUAGGUCUAAGCUAGCAGUAAGUGUAAAUAAGUUUAAUUAAGUUUUUUGUAAUAAGUGUGCAAAAAUGUGUUGCCAAGUAGUUAAACAUUUAGAUUAUCGUAGAGCAUCAAUGAAGCAUUCUAAGUCUACAUAUUUACAGAUACUUUUAGUGAAAUAGGAAUAUCAGUGCACUGAAAAUUAAUGCUUAAGUUUUAAAGUAUCAAUAAAUAUGCUUUUAAGCGUGUGUCAACUGUAA